AUGGAGGAUCAGAAAUCUGAAGACGCGUCGACAUCUUCGUUAUUCAGCGAGGAGUCUGCACAGAGUGGCCGGUCCAAAGAUCAUCCUCCACUCUUCAGCACAGAACCAAAACCUCCAGGAAGAAGUACAAUCAGCGAGGAGUCUGCAGAGAGUGACCGGUCCAAAGAUUAUCCUCCACUCUUCAGCACAGAACCAAAGCCUCCAGAAAGAAGACGCAGAAGAAGCUCGGAGAAGCAGGAGAUGUUGAAGGCGUUUGAAUCCAAAGCCAUGACCUUCAUGAAUCAAGCUCUGAGGAAACACACCAAGGUCCUUUCUGCCAAACACAAGGAGCUGUUUGACGGAGACGAGGGUGAGGAAGAGCUUCAGGACUGUGACGAUGAAACGAGCGAAGCAGCGCUGAAGAUCGCUCUCCAUGUCCUGAGGACCAUGAACGAGGGGGAACACGUCCGAACCCUGGAGCAACGUCACUACGGAGAACUCAGGUUGUACCAACAGGAACUAAAGUCCUUCUGGAGGACGAAACAUUCCUGCUUGUUGGAGGCGAUAAACUCCCAGCAGUUGCCGGUUCCUCUGAAGCAGAUCUACACAGAGAUGUAUCUGCUGGAGGGCGACGGCGGAGACGUCAACCUGGAGCACGAGGUCCGGCAGAUCGAGGCGGCCUUCAGCCAGCAGAGGCUCAUGGGAACUCUGAUCAAGACCCAAGACCUCUUCAAGCCUUGCCCCAGACAGGGACCCCCGACCCGGACGGUUCUGACCCGGGGCAUCGCCGGGAUCGGCAAGACGGUGCUGGUGCAGAAGUUCCUGCUGGACUGGUCCGAGGACAAGGCCCACCAGCACUUCCAGCUGCUGUUCUCUCUGCCGUUCAGGGAGCUGAACCUGCUCCGACAGCAGAGAUGCAGCUUCAUGGAGCUGCUGCAGCAGUUCCACCCGGGCCUGAAGACGUCGGGGAUUACAGAUCUGGAGAAUUACCGGGUUCUGCUGGUUCUGGACGGGCUGGACGAGUGCAGGUUCCCCCUGGACUUCAACGGCGGGGAGAGGAUCACCGAUGCCCGGCGUCGUGCCGCGGUGGAGGUUCUGCUGACCAACCUGAUCACUGGGAACCUGCUGCCCGGCGGCUGCCUGUGGGUGACGACCCGCCCGGCGGCGGCUAACGGUCUCCCCCCAGCCUGCGUCCACCGCCUGACGGAGAUACGGGGCUUCAACAACUGGCAGAAGGAGCAGUACUUCGUCAAGAAGAUCCAAGGAGCACAAGUCACAGUUCGGGUUGGUUGA